AUGUCCAAGUCUGAGGUCCAGAUCACUGACACCCAGCAUGUUGAGCAAGUUGAUUCCAUGGUGGCAGAGGAGAGAGCACUCGUAGAGAAGAGACUUGUCCGGAAGAUUGACAUGCGCCUGAUGCCCAUGCUAUGGCUUCUCAUGGUCUUCAGCUACCUUGAUCGCUCUAAUCUUGGCGCUGCCAACGUCGCCGGCAUGAACAAAACUCUGAACCUGAGUGACCAAGAUUACUAUCACGCAAUUGUCACGUUCCAGGUCGCAUAUGUCAUAUCCGGGACUCCAUCAAAUAUGAUUCUCGUUCGCUUGCGGCCAUCUCUGUACAUACCCGCCAUCAUGUUUCUAUGGGGCACAUGUGCCACGUUUCUUGGUGCCGUGCAGUCCAGAGAACAGCUGUGGGCGGUCCGAUUCCUUCUUGGAGUUACCGAGGCCGGCUUUGCGCCUGGAGUUAUGUUUAUGUUUAGUUGCUGGUACAAAAGGGAAGAGCAGGCCAAGAGAUUCAUCAUCUUCUUGAGUGCUUCGAUUCUCUCCGGUGCCUUUGGCGGUGUUCUCGCAGGCGCCAUCAGUGGUCACCUAGACGGGGCGAGAGGAAUCGAAGGAUGGCGCUGGCUUUUCAUCAUUGAAGGCGUCCUCACUGUUGCCAUGGCUCUCUUCGCACCUUUCAGCCUCCUUGACUAUCCCGCCACGUCGAAAGGGCUGACAGCAGAAGAGAGAGUUGUUGCCGUGGAAAGACUUACGACAGAGGACAUCACGGCGGCUACUGACAGCCAUGAAAACGGCUUAUCCCACGGCCGCGCCUUUGUCUCCGCGGUAACCAACUGGAGACUGUACUUUCUUGCAUUGCCGUACAUGCAGCUCGUGGGUUCCUCAGCCCUCGCUUACUUCUAUCCCUCAUUGAUCCAGGGUCUCGGAUACACAUCCGUCAAAGCACAAUAUAUGACAGCGCCGCUCUGCAUAGUCGCGCUCACUAUCGCAAUUCCGACAUCGGUGGCUGCUGACAUGUUUCCCUUGCAACGUGGAUUCUUUGUGUUCGCCAUCAUGUUGCUGGGCGCCAUCUUUUGUGCCCUCGCCACGGGCAUCCGCGCUUACGUACCCCGCUAUGUCUUCUUGUGCUUCAUCAACUCAGCUAUCUGGACAGGCAGUCCGAUUGCCCUCUCCUACGCCGCAAGUAACCUCGGACCAGUAGAUCCCGAGACGAGAGCCAUCAGUCUUGGGAUCAUCAAUGGACUCUCCCAAUUGGCGCAGAUUUAUGGCUCGGGGCUCUUCCCACGGUCUGAAGCUCCCGAGUAUCUGACUGGAUUCACCACGUAUACCUUGCUAUUUGCUACUGGAUCAGUUAUUGCCCUUAGUGGGAGCUUCUUGCUCAGGAAGUACCCGUAUAAAGCCGACUUCUAA